AUGACUUUAGAUAUUAGUAAAAUAGGAACUAACUUGGUGAAAGUGUUCAUUACUAUAUUAAUUAACGUAAACUGGUGUUGUUCACAAUUAAUUCGUCCUGAACUGCCGUGCGAUUUCUCCGAUUCAGUCAAUAUAACCGAUGGACUGCUCCAUCAAAAUAAAAGUAUUACAUUCAAUGGCAUUGAGUUUCCACGUGAUCACUAUGCCAAUAUUAGUUAUGUCUUGGAGAAUGAAGUAGAACUUAAGGUGAUUCCUUAUUUUCGGGGUUGUCCUUGUAUCGAUAAAUCGUGCAUUCGACUCUGCUGUCCACUUGGAACAUUUGUGGAAAAGGUGAAUCCAAACGAUGGAUCAAUGAUUUGCAGUAAAAAUGAAACGGUGAAAAACCUAACUGCCGAAGUAUUCGAUCAAAACAAUCAAAGCACAAUCCUCAAUUUGGAUCAACAUUUCGGAUAUGUCGAUAGAAUAUGUAAACUCCACCACUUUGUCGACAACUUCAAAAUAACUCAUACUGGAAAUAUUUUGUAUGGAAACCAAUUGUACAGUCAUCAUGAAUACUGUCUCCAUACGAUAUCCAAAAAUGCAAAUGAAGUGACAUUAGUGGCAGGCAUUUGUAUGGGCAAACCCGAUCCGCUGCAUCCAAGAUUCUCCAUUCUACCUUACACCAUGAUGACAUCGGUUGUAUUCCUGAUAAUCACAAUUUUCUUACACGUAUACGUACUGGAGCUGCGCAAUUUAUUCAGUAAAAGUUUCAUCUGUUAUUUGAUAUCUCUGAUAAUGUUCUUCGUUGUUUUUGCUUUGGUUCAAUGGAAUGGUGCAAACUAUGUGGAGCCGUACAUUCGUAAAAUAUCCGCAACUAUCAUUUACUUUUCGUUUUUGUCAACUUUUUUGUGGUUAAACGUCAUUAGUUUUGAUAUAUGGAUGAAUUUUUGUCAAUAUCGCGGGAAGAUUUUGGAGAAGAAUCAACACCGCUUAAAUAUGUUGUAUGCUUGGGGUUUGGCGCUAUUUUUUACAAUUAUUUGUCACGUAUGUGAUGCCAUUGAAUCGAUUCCAUUUGAAUUGAAGCCAGGAAUGGGCUUUAAUACGGGAUUUUUGAAAGAGGAGCCAAUUUCGAAAUUCAUUUACUACUACUUUCCGCUGUGCAUCAUCAUCACGGUGAAUAUUGUAUUUUUUGGGUUGACGGCGAUGGAAAUUCGACAGUCCAAUCAAAUGAUGGUGAACGUAAAUAAUGAUAGCAUUCACUUCAAUAGAAAGAGAGACAGUUUCAUAAUGUAUUUGCGUUUGUUUAUCGUAAUGGGUGUGCUGUUAGGCAUGGAAGCGGCUACUGUCAUUGAUCCGGAUCAUUUAUUUUUCCUUGUAAUGGAUAUUUGCAAUACCCUUCAGGGAGUUAUUAUAUUUGUAUUGUUUGUGCUGAAAAAAAGUGUAUUACGUUCGAUUAAAACCAAAUUGGCGGGGAAUUUAAAAAAUCAGAAAAAUCAUCAAUCUAAUCUUACAAUGGAAUCAAGAUCAAUGUGAAUCGAUACAGUUCUCGUACAAUUAUCAUCAAUCAUAAAAAUUCCAAAAAUAUUAGGGAGUUUUAUUUUCGUCAGGUUACCUAAAACCGGACAGUCCAUAUAUCUAUUGAAAAAUAUUAAACAGUAUUGGUUUAGAUCACGACCACGUUAAUGGUCCUCUUCGAAAUACGAAAAGAUCUCUUAAUAAAGUCUGAUGAUUCAUUUAAACUAGACAUUCAACAUUGCCUUAAAUCGACAUUUUAACGAAUACACGAGUGUAUGGAGAAGUCGCAUGUUUUCUUUCACUAUUUUGUGCCAGCAUCAUGCGAAAUUCUACAAAAAACGUUGGGAUGUUGAUAUAUACAGUUUCACACUUAGCAGCCUAUUAGAAACUGUUUCCAGUAUAUUUAUCAAAAUUGUUUAAUUGAAAAAAUAAACGAAUUCUGUUCAAUUUCAACGAAUAUUUAUUGAUGC